ACAAUUUGUCAACACGUGCAGUUUUGCAGUUAAAGAAAGAAAAGGUUAUAUUAAUGAUAUUGUAAAUUUUCCAAUUAAUAUACAAAUUAAUUAGCACAAACCAUUAACGGUUUGUGUUGAUUAAUAAAUAAAUAAAGAUGGAUAUUGUUGCUGAAGUUCUUAAGAAAUCGGCCGAAACAGCAGAAAAAUACAAGCCUAUUACAGUAACUAAGCACCUGGACUUGGAAUACGACGUGGGUAGUUUAUUGGCCGUGGAUAAAAACGAAUUAGAUACAAAAGCCAUAAACAAAAACAAAAAUGAUUAUCUACUGUCCCUUACCCGUGACAAUGUACAAUUGCUGUUAAACAAAGUGUGGGACCUACCAACAGAAAGGGUUGAUGAAACAGUAGUCGUUCGUUUACCACCCUCAACGUUUGUUUUACCGAGAUCUAAGCCUGUACCAAGACCUAAACCUUUAACUAAAUGGCAGCAGUUUGCCCUUGAAAAAGGUAUUAAGAAAAAGAAAAAACCCAAACUUUCUUGGGAUGAACGACUAAAAAAAUGGGUUCCUUUGUAUGGAUUCAAGAGAAGUAUUGCUGAAAAGGAAAAAGACUGGGUAAUUGAAGUGCCCCAAAAUGCAGAUCCAUUUGAAGAUCAAUUUGAAAAAAGAAAGAUUGCUAAACAAGAACGAGUUGCAAAGAACGAACUGCAAAGGCUACACAACAUAGCAAAGGCCCAAAACAUCAAAAUUCCUAGAACUGGCCUAUUAAAUCCUGAUGUUUCUUCAUCUAAAGAUUUGCAAGCUGCAGUUACAGUAGCUAGGUCGUCAACUGCUAGUUUGGGAAAAUUCCAAGAUAAAUUACCUAAAGAAAAAGAAGCUAGAGGAAUAUCAGCUAUUACUCCAGGAGCCUCUCGCAAACGAAAGUUGCCCCCAGUCCCUGCCACUCAAGAGAAGGAAGAAAAUUUAGCUGUUUUAAAUUCUAUUUUAAACAAGAAACCUAAAUUAGACAUUGAGAAAGCAGUUAAUCGACAAAUUAAUCAAGAAGAAACAGAGAGGUCAACAGAAAAGAAGACAAGGAAGCCAGGUGGUAACAAAAUCAAUAAAAGUAAAGGAGGAAAGAAACCAAAAAGUGGGAAAGGGAAAAGUGCAGGAAGGAAGAGACGUUAACAGUUCAAUAUACUUACUGCUCUGUCGUCAUACUGAGGAUAGCCAAGGUGCCCCUCGGGGCCUUCCUGGACACCCUUUUUGAGAACAUUUAGCAUAUACCUAAAAAAGUGAUUUCUGUUCUUUUUUACCACUGGAUCUUUGGAAUCGAGGGUGCAUAGUUUUGAUAUCCACUUUGUACAUAUUUCUUUAUCUAUGUUCAGGAAAGUUUAAUAUUAGUGGUUAAAAAUUUGCUUAAUCGUAAAUUCUUUGUAAAUACAGAUAAUUUCUUUAAAAAAAAAAUACAAAAUUUGUCCCUAAGACUCGAUAGUUACGAAGGCAUUCGCGUGAAUUAGUUAUUAUUUUUUGCUUUUUAUUUUCAAACACUAUGUUAUACCUAUGUAGUUUUGGGAUCAUUCUGUACAUACAUCUAAUUAUUUUACGAAUUUACUAAACCCUUAUUUUGUUAAUUCAAAACGAGCGAGUUUGGUUUUGUUCGUAUUUUAUUUUUCAGAAGCAUUAACUAUUUAUUUAGUUAAUAGACUUAAUUAGCAAACUAAAACGAUUUAGUUUUAUGUAUAUUAUGUCAAACAUUUUUAGUUUUUGGUAACUUAAUAAAUAAUUAAAUUGAAAA